CAGAACUGUCUUCUUGGCGAGGGGAGAUGGAGAUGGAGGCUGUCGUGUUUGCAUUUGCAGCAUCCAGCAUCACCACUGCAAAGAUGGCAUUUUCUGUUCGCGUGUUCUUCCUCCUUUGUGGCGUCAGUGGACUGCUGACUGGAGCUUGGUCCUGGGAUCGCAAGGGCAAAGAUGAAUGCUGUCCUAAGGACUGGACUCGCUUGGAUGAUCACUGUUACAUCGUCUAUGACGACGCCAGGACUUUUGCAGAUGCAGAGAGCAUCUGCAACAUCCUUGGUGGGAAUCUGGCCUCAGUCAGCAGCGCAUUGAAAAAUGCCGUCAUUUAUGAGCUGGUUCAGGCAGAAGGUUUGAGUGAUGCCUGGAUUGGACUCCAUGAUGCCAUUGAGGAUGGAGACUUUAUUUGGACUGAUGGCAAACCAUUAGAUUUUGAGAACUUUGAAGGUGGUGCGCCUGACGGAAUGGGUGACUGCGUGCACAUUUCUACCCGUGGUGAAUGGUUUGAUAUAGACUGCACCACCGAGGAGGCAUAUGUUUGCAUCACAGAAGUGUACUGCCCCUAA